UAUUCUUGUGGUUGUUACUGCUAGUAUGCUUGUAGUUGUUGCUACUGGUAUGCUUGUGGUUGUUACAGCUGGUAUGCUUGCGGCUAUUACUGCUGGUAUGCUUGCGGUCGUUGCUGCUAGUGUGCUUGCAGUUGUUGCUGCUGUUGUUUUUAUGGUUGUUGCCGCUGUUGUUCUUGUGGUUGUUGCUGGUAUGCUUGUAGUUGUUGUUGUCAUGGCUUCUUGA